AUGGGUGUAAAGUUGGUGCCACCAGGGCUCCACUACGUCUACUCCAGCCCACGUGCUUCCGAAGACAUCGGCCUGGCACGCACCGGUUUCUUCCUCUUCCUGAAGCCCAAGGACGUGGCAGUCUUUCGCUGGGAUCCUGAGGGCGAGGAGCUGGUGAGACCCAAUCCCGACGAGGAGCUCCGGUACGCGGACGGCGUUCGGAGCUUUGACUUCGACCGGAACCUCGGCCCCUACCCGCUGGAGCUACAGGAGCCCUGGGCGGAGCUUACGCGCCACGCGACAGCAGAGCUGGUCCAAAAAGUCGAGCCCGUCUCCGGGCGAAUCCGAUCCAAGCGGGCCGAAUACGACGCCCACGCUGAGACGAAGCAGGAGACUGAGGGCAAAGCCCAAGACCAGGGCGGAGAGGAUGGGGCCGGGGACCAGGUCAUGGCAGAUUCAGUGCAAAAGGUGGAGGAGGUGAUAGAAUCCAACGGCUCACUCUUCUUCUCCACCAUUCCCAAGCAGAUGAGAAAAGGCCGUGGCCAGACCGCGGAAGAGACCACGAAGCUGCAUAUGGAUCGCACAUUGCAGCUGGAACAGAUGUUGGCACGUGAAUACUCUGGGAACGAGUUGGCCAUGCUUGGGGAGUUGCAGCUGGCGUACAUUGCCUUCCUCCUGGGGCAAAAUGCCGAUGGCUUCGAUCAAUGGCGAGGCUUGCUGCAGCUGCUGUGCAGCUGUGAGGAGGCUGCACAACGACGGACAGAGUUGUAUGCGGAGCUUCUGAGGGCAUUUUUCGCCCAGAUGAGCCAGGCGCCCUCGGACCUCUUUGGCGACGACUUGACCAAGGACAACUUCCUUGGCAACUGCACCCUUUCCCUCCUGGAGAUUUGCGAAGAGGCUUCGCCCAAGCUGCGGAAGCGCUGCGGAAAGCUGCGCCAGCUGGUGGAGCAAAAGUUCGGCCUGUCAGCCCAGGAUUUGGCUCUCCUCGGAGAGGAUGCCCCGGAGAUCGUGGACUUGGAGGGACAUUUCGUGAACCUCAACACGAUGUGUGAGUAG